CUUAUACUUUUCCAUCCCUCUCUGUCCACCAACACCUCUCUCUCUCUAUCUCUCUUGAAGAACCCUAGAAUUUUUCCUGUUUUCUAGCGUUUUUUUUUUUCGAAAAUUUUGAUUUAGGGUUUCGUUUCAGACGGAAGGAGAAGGGAAGAAGAUCAAGGCACUGGUGUAUUUAUGCUAUGGCAAAUUCUAAAGCUCCAAAUUUAAGAAGUUUAACAAACACGGGGAAACAGUCAUUACUACCCCCCAAAAGUCCCUUUCCCAGCAUUUCUCCAACCUACGCUGAUUAUGUCUCUUCUCCUGCAAUGAGAUCAAAAGGUAUUCCAAAGCCAAGAGAGGGGCAUAAGCUCCACCAACGAACUUCAUCUGAGAGCCUUCUCAUAGAGGAACAACCUUCAUGGCUUGAGGAACUCCUUAAUGAACCAGAGACACCUGUGCGGAGAGGAGGUCAUCGACGCUCAUCAAGUGACUCUUUUGCAUACUUGGAUGUAACUGAUGCUUCUAACAUAGAAAAUUUAGUUCAAGAAUACAAAUUUAAAAAUGUUAAUGCCAUACCUUCAUGGGGAUCUCAAGAUUUUGAUCGUUACAAAGAUGUGCGACAUGCUUCUUUCUAUGUGGAGCCAAAUUCUUUUGGAAGACAGCAGAACAGGGCAUGGGAAUCAUCCUUGAAUCCUAUGACUCACCCUAGUAGUUUUCCAUCUGCAAGGGAUAAUGUUAGACUUCAAAAUGCAGGAUCUUUGUGUGCUCCACAGGAACCAGAUGGUGUGCCAUCUACAGCCACUGAAAAGCAAGAUCAGGAGGAGUCUGGUCCACCGGAUCUAAGAAUCUCUUCUGAAAGAAGGGAUGUUUCUUACACUAAGCAUUCUGCAUCAGAAACAGAUCCAAAACGUGCUAAACAGCAAUUUGCUCAACGGUCACGGGUCCGAAAACUUCAGUACAUAGCCGAACUUGAAAGGAAUGUCCAAGCUUUACAGGCAGAAGGGUCUGAAGUUUCAGCUGAGAUCGAAUUUCUUGACCGGCAGAAUCUUAUACUGAGCAUGGAGAACAAAGCCCUGAAACAACGGCUAGAGAGUUUGGCACAGGAACAACUCAUCAAGUACUUAGAGCAGGAGAUGCUGGAGAGGGAGAUCGCAAGGCUUCGAACCUUGUAUCAGCAACAGCAACUGCAACCGCAGCAGCCACCUUCUACUCAUCGUCGUGCCAACAGCCGAGACCUGGAUUCCCAAUUUGCAAACCUGUCCCUAAAACACAAGGAUGCUAGUUCUGGUCGGGAUCCAGUCAGUGGGUCACUUCGCAUUUAAGAUGAAAGAACUGUGCUAUUUUGCACCUAAUCCUCUAUAAUGUUGAUUGAAAGCAUGCUUUCAUGAAUGGGGCCAAGCAUGGUCUUGAGAUUCUUGGCAUCCAACGUUACCACGCCCUCACCCAUUCACCCAAUCAUGUUUUGAUAAUUUCCAUGCGCACCUGGUGGUCGUUGCCUGAAAAUCUUGACUUUCUGGUAGGCGAUUCAUCGGAGGUGAUAACAGCUUUGAUGUUUCCUUGCCUUAUUGUAUGCUUACAAGUGAUUCUAAUUUUAAAGUUUUAUAACACCCAUUUUUCUUUCUGUCCCUACAACUUUAUGAUGCCCUGCGAUUCCAUCCCAGUGUAUCUUAGAAUCUGUGUGCGUUUUAACAGAUUGUCAUGUUAGAGAUGUAAAUAGGAGGAAAGGAAAAGCUAACAUAUCAUGUUAAGUUGCAGUAUUGUAUUUUGCUUCAGGCUCUAGCCUUCGGCUUUGGUGCCUGCUGUGAUGGUUCUCUCAGCCGCAUGAAAUGGUAGAUCUGGAUUGCUUAUUUUCUCCA